AUUGCUUGACAUUUCACCUCCAAAGUCAAAACAGAAUUUUUUAUCUUUCCCAUAAUUUACAACUAUUUUUAAACCCAAUUUACCUACUUUAACUUUAUACAAUGGAUUUUAGAUACGGCUACAUUAAGUCGCGUCGUAACAUGGGGCGCCAGCCGCUGUUCUGUGAGGCUGGGCCGGAUAUGAUUGAUACAAUAUUACCCGACACUAUCAUACAGAAGCAGUUUAUGCUCCGAAAUCCUAUCCACCAGGCUACCCAGAACACACCGUCGCUUAGUUCUCAUGAAGUUAACACUGAAAGGGCGGAAUACAAAACCACCGGCAUCAACCACUCCGAGGGCGGCUGGGCGGCGGACGUCAACGUUGACGACGUCGACGCCACGGCGCGGAUCCGACGACGCGUCGAGAAGGACGACGCGUACAUCCACUGCGUUAAUAGGACCGCUCCACUCAUAGAACACUACAUUCUCCAGAACAACGCGACGAAUCUUUACGAGACAUACUUCACGGAGCUCAGUCAGCAACCGCCAAUAGAGAGUCUGACGUGUCGGCAGCUCAACACGUACCGCGACCAAUCAGCGCGCCCCGUUAGCGGCAUCUCACAUCCCGGCCAAUCAACGCCGCGUCCUAUCAGCAGCAUCGCAUGGCAACCAGACGACAACGUCUUUGCCGUCACAUACUGCAGCGUCGACUUCUAUAGACAACCUUUAGCACCAACCGAAUCUUACAUUUGGGAUGUCAACAACGCAAAUUUUCCAGAAACCGUGAUUAAUCCACCGAGUCCCUUGUUAGAUCUACAGUUUACUAAAGAAACCAAUGUUCUGAUUGGUGGAAUGAUGAAUGGGGAAGUAGCGGCGUUUGACAAGAGAACAGGAGAGGUCACAACAUCAUCGCCACCUCAUGUUUCUCACAGGGAUUUCGUGAGCAAAGUCUUGAUGAUAAACCCUAAAGUUGGUACGGAGUUUUUCUCCGGCAGUGCAGAUGGGUCGUGUAAGUGGUGGGAUCUUCGAGAUAUGAGUGAGCCAACUGACACGAUGAUAUUGGAUGUAGUUAAAACGUCUGCUGAUGUUCCAAGUAUGGCGACAGCGAAUGGGGUUUCGGUGCUAGAAUAUGAGGCGACGAUACCGACAAGGUUCAUGGUUGGGACUGAAAAUGGGCUGAUACUGGGAGGAAACCGUAAGGGGAAAACGGCCACCGAAAAGCUUCCUAUGAAUAUAAAAGCGCACAAUGGCCCAGUGAUAUCAUUGGAGCGAAACAAAAUAUACGCCAAAAACUUCUUGUCAGUUGGAGACUUCACUUGCAAGGUGUGGAGCGAGGAGUGCCGAGAGUCAGCCAUCCUGUGGACUCCGCCUCAGCGGUCCCGGUUUACGUCAGGCAUGUGGAGCCCUAACAGGUGA